AUGGACGAUAAACAGAUGCACGAGAGCUGCAGCGACAUACCGAAGAUUGAUGUGCAACGUGGAACGAUUAUAGUUGGCGAGGAAAGAUCACCGCGGCGUAACUCGUUAACCAGUUUAAAAGAUCGUCGUCUCUCGAUUGAUGAAAACGAUCACCGGAGAACGGAAGAAACUGAAGCGCGAAACGAAAAUGUCGACAAAGCGAGCCGCUGGAAAAUGAAACCGUUGGCUAAUCACGAAAGAAGUACCAGGCAUUACUCUUUGACCAAAUUAAAAAGUCGUCGUUCCUGCCUGAAUUUCAACGAAGAGAGAAACAAUUCGACGAAGACGGAUAUCAACGAGACUGCCAACGACAAAACGACUCAAACGUUGAGAGUUCCGUUACCACGCCAAGGGAAAACGAUACAUUGUUCUUUAUCGAAUUUGAACGAUCCAUCGAACGAUCUCCUGUCUGCUAGAUUGACUUCCUUUAGAUCCGUCAGGCAUCGACAGUCGACCACCUCGGAGAAAGUCGUGAUCGAUGACAUUCCGAGGAUCGAGUCCGCCAACGAUCACGUGGAAAUCGAUGCCGGUACACCUCCGCCGGCCGAUGAGUCUCUCUUCUACGAUAAUCUCGACGUAUUCAAGCAAGCACAGAUCAACAGCAACGAUCUUAGAUCGAUCAUGUGGUCGAUCUUCACUGCCGCCGAAAUGAAGAUACUGUACGAGCUGGAAAAAUGCAAUACGUUACCGGCGGUAGUACCGUUAGGAGAGCGAAUAAAGAAUAUAGCGUACAUGUGGUUCUGUUACCGAGGUCUGGUGCAUUUGUUAUCGAAACUGGAACAAUUAGACGCGAAACUUGAUUACGUGGAGCCUUGUACGGGCAUGAACGCUCUUCUAGCUGCUUCGUUAAGCGGUAGCGUAGCUUGCGUCGAGCAUCUGAUAAAGAGAGGCGUUGAUAUCAAUUACAGGAAUCCGAUCAAUCAUUAUACGCCUCUUCACUUCGCCGUCCUCGGAAAUUCACCGGACGUAGCGCGAAUACUUCUCGACAACGGUGCAAAGCCGAGUGUCUAUCUUUACCAGGAGACAGUCGAGCCAGUUUUGCAUUGCGCUAUCAGAGCAGGAGUUGUAGAAAUAGUGAAAUUAUUGUUAGAACGAGGAGCGAGCGUAGUGGAGAAGAACCAUAUGGGCGAGACACCUCUCCACGUAGCUUGUUUCGUUCAGUCGAUAAAAUGCGUGGAAUUGCUUCUAGAUUCAGCAGGUACGAACAUUAACGCGGUGGACCGGGCUCACAGGACUCCUCUUCAUUUCGCUGUAAUGACUACUCAUUCCUCGGCGAAGCUCGUUGAACUUCUGUUGAAGCACGGUGCCCUGGUGAAUGCCGCGGACAAAACAGGCUUCACUCCUCUUCACGUGGCUGCCUUGAACGAACAAUCUCACUGCGUCGACGUGCUGAUUUGGGCCGGUGCUGACGUUAGCGCGACCACCAGUGCAGGACUCUCCGCCUUGAACAUUAUACUUAGAAAAAUACCGGAAUCUCUUCAAGUCUUUCGACAGCGAUUAGAUGCCUCGAUAACGCUUAGAAGGCCCGUUCCUCAUAACAGAGAGUUCGAGAUGAGGUUGCACUUUGAUCUACUCUUCCCCAGUGGUAAUCAAUGCGAGACCAGCUUCAUAAACACGUUUGUCCAGGAACGCCGUAAAGACCUUCUGUCGCAUCCAUUGGUGAUGGCUUUCCUGCACUUGAAAUGGGAGAAGAUCAGAAAGUUUUAUCUACUAAGGAUUCUAGUUUACGCGAUGACCGUCAUCUGUAUGACCACGUACGUGCUCACGGCAUUAGCUUACAAAUGCUACAACCACGACGAGGCGAACAGCUCCAAGAUUUGCAGCAACAAGCGUAUCUCUGGAUUUCUGUUCAGGCGACCGGUCAUCGAAAUCCAAUGGUAUCUCUUGCUAAUCUUCACCUGCAUCUCCAUCCCCAGGAAGAUAUUCGGCUUCAUGGUAUACACGUCCGCGAAGCAAUAUUUCUCUAACAUCGACAACGUGCUGGACGGCAUCGUGAUAAUCAGCGUUUUCGUCACGUCGUUCGUGUACACGGGGCGUACGUACGAUUGGCAGAAUUACGUCGGAGCGUUCGCGAUAUUGUGCGCCUGGACAAAUCUGAUGCUGAUGGUUGGCCAACUUCCAGCAUUCGGCACGUACGUGGCCAUGUUUACCCACAUACAGUUCGAAUUUGCCAAGCUGUUGCUCGCUUAUUCUGGACUACUGAUAGGAUUCACUGUCAGCUUCUGCGUGAUUUUCGUCGGCGAACCAUCCUUCGGCAAUCCGUUCACCGGCCUCAUUAAAGUGUUGGCGAUGAUGGCCGGAGAGUUGGACUUCGAGGGGCUGAUCACGCAAAUCGACGAAGGCUUAGACGGAAACCCGGAGGGACCAUUCGUUAUUUAUCAUCCGUUGUCAGUGUGCUCUCAGAUCCUCUUCACGCUGUUCAUCGUAUUCGUCACGGUGAUCCUGAUGAAUCUGCUGGUGGGAAUCGCUGUUCAUGAUAUUCAAGGGUUAAGGAACCACGCUGGUCUCACGAAACUCGUACGCCAGACAAAAUUGAUCCUGUUCACGGAGAUGGUGUUGCAUAAUAGCUCGAUUCCGUAUGCUUUCCGGAAAUGGAUGUCCGAUCACAAGAUCAACGUGGAACACAGGAAAAGGGUGUUAGUGGUGAAACCGCUGAACCCCUUGGAGAAGAGGCUGCCGAAGGACAUUUUGAAGGCUGCUUACGAAAUAGCACAGAAGAACAUACCAUUCAUGGACGAUGAUAACAUUAAUCUGAGCGAUCACGUGAUGAGGAUGAGACAGCAGAGCGAAGAAUACUUUGACUCGAAUUUGCAGCUAGUUAUCGAGAAUAUGGUCAAUAAGUUGGAGUCCUACGAGGACACGAUCAAGUCGCUGAAGGAACAGCUCUUAGAUAGUAAUAAAAUGUUGGAGAGUGUUGUGCAAAGUCUGACGAAGCAAAAGACUAACUGA